AUGGAAGUGAAGGAACGCAGACCCUACCGCUCGCUCACCGCCCGGCAGGACACGGAGCGCCGCUACACCAGCUCCUCCGCCGACAGCGAGGAUGGGAAACCCAACCCCAAGUCCUACAGCUCCAGCGAGACGCUCAAGGCCUUCGACCACGACUCCAGGAUGGCCUACGGGAGCCGCGUCAAAGAGAUGGUCCAUCACGAGGUGGACGAGUUCAGCCGGCAAGGGGCCGACUUCUCCCUCCGAGACCUGGGCUUCGGGGAGGCCCUGCCGUCCCACGUGGCCACGUACCGGAGCGACCUGGGGAUGCCGCACCGCGACUACUCGGUCAGCGUGGGCUCGGACGCCGACACGGAGACGGACGGCAUCAUGUCCCCGGAGCACGCCGUCCGGUUGUGGGGACGCAGCAACACCAAGUCGGGCCGCAGCUCGUGCCUCUCCAGCAGGGCCAACUCCAACCUAACCCUCACCGACACCGAACACGAGAACACAGAGAACGGUCCUCCGCUGCAUUGUUCAUCCGCCUCCUCCUCCCCUGUUGAGCAGCUCCCAUACCCUCCCCCUUCCAUUGCAGCCAAUCAGUGCCAGGGAGGGUUGCUAGGUAACUGUGCGGCUCAGCCAGCCCAGGACUCUGACUCUGAGGAUGAGGAUGAGUUUGGCCCCGAUUCAUUCUUAGUUCAAACUGGCUCAGGGAACCUAUAUGCUCCUGCCACUGCGACCGCUGAUGACGGAGCCUUUCAAAACCACUCUCGGCUACGGACGCCUCCUCUCCCGCUCUCCCACUCCCACUCGCCCAACCAUCAGCACCAUGCGGCCUCCAUUAACUCCUUGAACAGGGGCAACUACACGCCUCGGAGCAACCCGAGUCCCGCGCCCACGGACGGCUCCGCUCCUCCCGAGGGCCCGGCCACUGGUCAGGAGCCCGGCAGCGUGCAGGACAACUGGCUGCUCAACAGCAACAUCCCACUGGAGACAAGAAACAUAGCAAAGCAGACAUUCCUAGAGACAUUACAGGACAACCUCAUUGAGAUGGACAUUCUGGCAUCGGCUCACCACGAUGCCCCGUACAACGACGGGCACUUCCUGUUCAAACCAGGUGGCACUUCACCAAUGUAUUGCACAACAUCACCGGGAUACCCUUUGACCUCCAGCACGGUGUACUCGCCUCCCCCGCGCCCUCUGCCUCGCAACACCUUCUCCCGGCCGGCCUUCAGCCUGAAGAAACCCUCCAAGCACUGCAACUGGAAGUGCGCCGCUCUCAGUGCCAUCCUCAUCUCAGUAACACUGCUGUUCCUGUUGGCCUACUUUAUCGCCAUGCACCUUUUCGGAUUAAACUGGCACCUGCAGCCGAUGCAGAGGCAGAUGUACCAGCUGUCCGAGGACAACACCAGUGGCCUGCCCUUCCCCACUGACCUGAGCCUGCCUCCACUCGGCAACACUGGUGUAGACAUACGGGACCGCAAAGGAAAAGAUGAAAGCAAAUUGGACAGCUUGUUCCCGGAUGACAGCUAUAUAGAUAUGGGGGAGAUUGACGUGGGACGCAAGGUCGCCCAGCAGAUUCCCCCCGGUAUCUUCUGGAGGUCCCAGGUCUUCAUUGAUCAUCCCCUGUACCUGAAGUUUAACGUGUCCCUGAGCAAAGAUGCCUUGGUGGGAAUCUACGGGAGGAGAGGUCUCCCCCCGACACACACACAGUUUGACUUUGUGGAGCUCUUGGACGGGCGGCGGCUUCUCGCCCAGGACUUCCGGGGCCUGGAGGGGCCCGUGGCGAUGCAGCGGAGCCUGGUGCCCAUCACCACGCACGACACAGGAUUUAUCCAGUACAUGGACUCGGGCAUCUGGCAUCUGGCCAUCUACAACGACGGAAAGGAAACCGAGACCGUCUCCUUCCUCACCACUGCCAUAGAAUCUCUGGACGACUGUCCCAGUAACUGCUUCGGGAACGGGGACUGUGUCUCCGGAGCGUGCCACUGCUUCCUGGGAUUCAAAGGACCCGACUGUGGGCGAGAGGGCUGCCCUGGUUUAUGCAAUGGAAAUGGUAGGUGCACUCUGGGUAACAAUGGCUGGUACUGUGUGUGCCAGCUGGGCUGGAGGGGCACUGGCUGUGACACCUCAAUGGAGACGGCCUGCAGUGACGUCAAGGACAACGAUGGAGAUGGCCUGGUGGACUGCAUGGAUCCGGACUGCUGUCUCCAGUCCACCUGUCACACCACCCCCCUGUGCGUGGGCUCCCCCGACCCGCUGGACAUCAUCCAGGAGACACAGAUGUCCUCGGCACAGAACAACCUGCAGAGCUUCUACGAGCGGGUGCGCUUCCUCGUGGGCCGGGACAGCACCCACAUCGUCCCCGGGGCCAACCCCUUCGACGGCAACCAUGCUUGUGUCAUCCGUGGACAAGUGGUGACCUCGGACGGAACGCCGCUGGUCGGAGUCAACAUCAGUUUCAUCAACAACCCGUCUUAUGGUUACACAAUCACCCGGCAGGAUGGAAGUUUUGACUUGGUGACCAACGGGGGCGUCGCCAUCGCCCUGCACUUUGAGCGCGCUCCAUUCAUCACCCAGGAGCACACGCUCUGGCUGCCGUGGGGCCGCUUCUUCGUGAUGGACACCAUCGUGAUGCGGCACGAGGAGAACGACAUCCCGAGCUGCGACAUCAGCGGCUUCACCCGGCCGAGCCCCGUGGUGUCGCCGGCCGCGCUCACCGCCUUCGCCGGCUCCUGCGCCGAGCGGGGGACCGUGGUGCCCGAGAUCCAGUCGCUGCAGGAGGAAGUGCCUAUUCCAGGAUCAGAUAUGAAACUGGGCUAUUUAAGCAGCAGGACCCCAGGUUACAAGUCCAUCCUGAGAGUGACCCUCAGCCACUCCAGCAUCCCUUUCAACCUGAUGAAGGUUCACCUCAUGGUGGCCGUGGAGGGCCGGCUGUUCAGAAAGUGGUUUCCCGCAGCCCCCAACCUCUCGUACUACUUUGUGUGGGACAAGGCUGACGUCUACAGCCAGAAGGUCUACGGCCUGUCUGAAGCCUUCGUAUCUGUGGGUUUCGAGUACGAGUCCUGUCCUGAUCUUAUCCUUUGGGAGAAGAGGACGGCUGUUCUACAGGGAUACGAACUCACAGCCUCCAAACUGGGAGGCUGGACCAUAGACAAGCACCAUGCUUUAAAUAUCCAGAGUGGGAUCCUUCACAUGGGAAACGGGGAGAACGUCUUCAUCUCCCAGCAGCCUCCUGUGAUCGGCAGCGUGAUGGGCAACGGGCGAAGGCGCAGCAUCUCCUGCCCGAGCUGCAACGGCCUGGCGGACGGGAACAAGCUGCUGGCCCCCGUGGCUCUGGCCUGCGGCUCGGACGGGAGUCUCUACGUGGGGGACUUCAACUACGUGAGGAGGAUCUUCACCACGGGGAAUGUCACCAGCGUCCUGGAGCUCAGCAACAGCCCCGCUCACAAGUACUAUCUGGCCACCAGUCCGGUGAACGGCGCCGUGUACCUCUCGGACACCAGCAGCAGGAAGGUCUUCAAGGUCAAGUCCCUGAACGUGGUGAAGGACGUGGCCAAGAACCUGGAGCUGCUGGCCGGCACCGGGGACCAGUGUCUCCCGUACGACGACACCCGCUGCGGGGACGGGGGGAAAGCGGUCGAGGCCACGCUCACGAACCCCAGAGGAAUCACGGUGGAUAAAUACGGUGUGAUCUUCUUCGUGGACGGGACUAUGAUUCGCCGGAUUGAUCAGAACGGCAUCAUCUCCACCCUGCUGGGCUUCAACGACCUGACCUCUGCCCGACCCCUCAGCUGCGACGCUGUGAUGGACAUCUCUCAGGUGCGUCUGGAGUGGCCCACAGACCUGGCCGUGAGUCCCAUGGACAACUCCCUGUACGUCCUGGACAACAACGUGGUUCUCCAGAUCUCGGCGAACCAUCAAGUCCGUAUCGUAGCCGGCCGCCCGAUGCACUGCCAGGUCCCCGGGAUCGAUCAUUUCCUAAUGAGCAAAGUGGCCAUCCACGCCACCCUGGAGUCCGCCAAUGCCCUCGCCGUGUCCCACAACGGCAUUCUGUACAUCGCCGAGUCGGACGAGAAGAAAAUCAACCGAGUCCGACAGGUGUCCACGAACGGGGAGAUCUCGCUGGUUGCGGGGGCGCCGAGCGGCUGCGACUGCAAGACGGACGCCAACUGUGAUUGUUACUCCGGAGACGAAGGCUAUGCCAAGGACGCCAAGCUGAACGCGCCCUCCUCGCUGGCGGUGUGUCCAGACGGAGAGCUUUACAUCGCGGACCUGGCGAACAUUCGAAUCCGCUACGUGCGCCGAAACAAGCCCUAUCUGAAUCCCCUCAGCAUGUACGAGGUGUCCUCUCCCAUCAACGACGAGCUCUACCUAUUCGACUCCAACGGCAGCCACAUCUUCACACAGAGCUUGACGACAGGAGACCACCUCUACAACCUGACCUACACGGGAGGGGGGGAUCUGAGCAGCAUCACCGACAAGAACAAGAACACGGUGAUCAUCCGACGGGACACGACAGGAAUGCCCCUGUGGCUGAUGGUCCCUGACGGACAGACAUUCUGGUUCACCAUCGGCACCAACACUGCCCUGAAGACUGUCGCCGCUCAGGGUCAGGAACUGGCGGUGAUGACCUACCACGGCAGCUCGGGACUUCUUGCCACCAAGACGAAUGAAAACGGAUGGACCACCUUCUUCGAGUAUGACACUUACGGGCGUCUGACUAACAUCACUUACCCGACGGGCCGAGUGAGCAGCUACCGCUCGGCCGCCGACAGCUCGGUCCGCAUCCAGGCGGAGGGCUCCACCAAGGAGGACAUCACCGUCACCACCAACCUGUCGGCCUCCGGCACCUUCUACACACUCAUGCAGGAUCAAGUACGCAACAGCUACUUCAUUGGUCUGGACGGUGCUCUGCGGCUAGUGCUGGCCAAUGGCAUGGAGGUGUCCCUGCACACCGAGCCCCACCUGCUGGCUGGCACCGUCAACCCCACGGUCAGCAAGAGGAACGUGACCCUGGCCAUCGACAACGGCCUGAACCUGGUGGAGUGGAGGCAGAGGAAGGAGCAGGCCCGCGGACAGGUCACUGUUUACGGACGCAGAUUAAGGGUUCAUAACAGGAACUUGCUGUCGCUGGACUUUGAUCGAAUCACCAGAACAGAGAAGGUCUAUGACGACCACAGGAAGUUCACCUUGCGGAUCCACUACGACCAGGCGGGUCGACCCACUCUGUGGGCGCCGAGCAGUCGCCUCAACGGGGUCAACGUUACCUACUCCGCCGCGGGGCAUGUGGCCGGCAUCCAGAGAGGCACCAUGUCGGUUCGCAUGGAGUACGACCAGAACGGAAGAAUCACCUCCCAGAUAUUCGCCGAUGGUAAAUCCUGGAGCUACACGUACCUUGAGAAGUCCAUGGUUCUCCUGCUCUACAGCCAGAGGCAGUACAUCUUUGAAUUUGACAAAAACGACCGACUCUCCUCCGUGACCAUGCCCAACGUGGCACGGCAGACCCUGGAAACCUCCCGCUCCAUCGGCUACUACAGGAACACCUACCGGCCCCCGGAGGGUAACGCCUCGGUGCUCCAGGACUACAGCGAGAACGGUCAGCUGCUGCAGACCACCUACCUGGGCACCGGCCGCCGGGUCAUCUACAAGUACGGCAAGCUGUCCAAGCUGCUGGAGAUCCUCUAUGACACCACGCGCAUCGGCUUCUCCUACGACGAGGUGACGGGCAUGCUGAAGACGGUGAACCUGCAGAGCGAGGGCUUCACCUGCACCAUCCGCUACCGUCAGAUCGGCCCGCUGAUCGACCGGCAGAUCUUCCGAUUCAGCGAGGAGGGCAUGGUGAACGCCCGAUUUGACUACGUCUACGACAACAGCUUCCGAGUCACGAGCAUGCAGGCGGUCAUCAACGAAACCCCGCUGCCGAUCGACUUGUACCGCUACGACGACGUGUCCGGCAAAACCGAGCAGUUCGGCAAAUUUGGCGUGAUCUACUACGACAUCAACCAGAUAAUCACCACGGCGGUGAUGACCCACACCAAGCACUUUGACGCGUACGGCCGGGUGAAGGAGGUGCAGUACGAGAUCUUCCGCUCGCUCAUGUACUGGAUGAUGGUGCAGUACGACAACAUGGGCCGAGUGGUGGCCAAGGAGCUGAAGGUCGGGCCGUACGCCAACACCACGCGCUACACCUACGAGUACGACGCUGACGGCCAGCUGCAGGUGGUCUCCAUCAACGACAAGCCCCUGUGGAGAUACAGCUACGACCUGAACGGCAACUUGCAUCUGCUCAGCCCGGGAAACAGCGCCCGCCUCACGCCGCUACGCUACGACAUCAGAGACCGGAUCACUCGCCUGGGAGACGUCCAGUACCGGGUGGACGAAGACGGAUUCCUCAAGCAGCGAGGAAACGAAUACUUUGAGUACAACUCCGCCGGCCUGCUGAUCAAAGUGUACAACAGGGUGAGCGGCUGGAGCAUCAAGUACCGGUACGACGGCGUGGGCAGGCGGGUGUCGAGCAGAAGCAGCGCCGGCCACCACCUGCAGUUCUUCUACGCCGACCUGUCCAGCCCCACCCGGGUCACUCACAUGUACAAUCACUCCAGCUCGGAGAUCACGUCCCUGUACUAUGACCUGCAGGGACACCUGUUCGCCAUGGAGCUGAGCAGCGGGGAUGAGUUCUACGUGGCCUGUGAUAACAUCGGAACCCCUCUGGCUGUGUUCAGCGGCUCGGGCCUGAUGAUUAAACAGAUUCUCCACACGGCGUUCGGGGAGGUCUACCUGGACUCUAACCCCAGCUUCCAGCUCAUCAUCGGCUACCAGGGAGGCCUGUACGAGCCUCUCAGUAAACUGGUCCACAUGGGAAGACGGGACUACGACGUGCUGGCCGGCCGCUGGACCACGCCCAACCACGAGAUCUGGAAACGUCUCAACAGCAACCACAUCGUGCCGUUCAACUUGUACAUGUUCAAGAACAACAAUCCUCUGAGCAACAACGAGGAGAUAAAGUGCUACAUGACUGAUGUUAACAGCUGGCUGGUAACUUUCGGCUUCCAGCUGUACAACGUCAUUCCCGGCUACCGGAAACCAAACACCGAGGCCAUGGAGCCGUCCUACGAGCUGGUCAGGACCCAGAUCAAGACCCAGGAGUGGGACAGCACCAAGUCCCUGCUGGGCGUCCAGUGUGAGGUUCAGAGGCAGCUGAAGGCUUUCGUGAAGCUGGAGCGUUUCGGCCAAAUCUACAGAUCCAAAAGCGCCGGCUGUGCCCAAACGGAGAGCAAGAAGGUGUUCGGCUCCGGCGGCUCCAUCUUCGGGAAGGGGGUGAAAUUCGCCAUCCGAGAAGGUCGCGUCAGCACCGACAUCAUCAGCCUGGCCAACGAAGAUGGCCGCCGCAUGGCCGCGGUGCUGAACGACGCCUUCUACCUGGAAGACCUGCACUUCACCGUCGCCGGCACGGACACGCACUACUUCGUCAAGCUGGGCUCGGUGGAGGGGGACCUGGCCCUCAUCGGCAUGACGGUGGGCCGCCGCACGCUGGAGACCGGCGUCAACGUGACGGUGUCUCAGGUCAACACGGUGCUCAACGGCAGGACUAGGCGCAUCACGGACAUCCAGCUGCAGUACGGCGCCCUGUGCCUGAACACGCGCUACGGCAGCAGCGUGGACGAGGAGAAGGCUCGCGUGCUGGAGCUGGCCCGGCAGAGGGUGGUGGCCCAGGCGUGGGCCCGGGAGCGCCAGAGACUGAGGGACGGAGAGGAGGGCUCGCGGACCUGGACCGAGGGAGAGAAGCAGCAGCUCCUGGGCUCGGGGAAGGUGCAGGGCUACGACGGAUACUACGUGGUCUCGGUGGACCAGUACCCGGAGCUGGCGGACAGUGUCAACAACAUUCACUUCAUGAGACAGAGCGAAAUGGGCCGAAGGUGA